AUGCGACAACAAUAUGGGUUCGUUUUUCUCCUACUAUUAUUUAUCUCUAAAUAUCAUGCGCAAAAUCUGACGACAAUAUCUCCUGUCGAAUGGAAUGGUGACCCAAAGUUAUGCACAGUUAAUCCAUCAGCUACACCUUCGACAAUACCUGGACCACCACUACCUAAAUUUUCAAACAAAGCUGAAUUUGCCUUAGAGCGUGUCGAAAUUAAGCAUAUAUUAAAUGUAAGCUUGCCGACCGAAAUAACUAUGUAUCAACAGAUUUAUGAUUAUGAUGCUAAUAAAUUAAUUGUGGUUAAGAAUAACAAGGGUUUUAUUAAUGUUGAAUAUUAUUACUAUGAUAUACUUAAGAAGUCAACUUAUUAUAAAGGAGAAUUUUGUGUUGUGACUGAUAUUCCAAAAGAAAACAAUAUGGAUAGUGCAUCAGCAAUACAAUUACCAAAUGGCACAUGGCAUAUUCGUCCAAUGAAUGAAUUUAUGUUAUUUUCAAAUGAGAAUCCAAGUCGACCAAUAGUUAGACCCAUAUAUCUUGGUCAAGAUAUAGUACGUGGAAUUCCAGUAGAUAAGUGGCAAACUUGUUAUAUCAACAAAGAAACCUAUCAAACAACACGACGCAUAUGGGCAUUCGCUCAACAAGGUGUUGUUAUGCCGGGUAGUACAAUAGAAAAUUAUGCCAUUCCUGUUCAAGCAUUAGUUAGUGCUUCAGUUGUCUUUCCAAAUGGCACACAAGCAUUUGAAGUCGAUGAAGUAUUCAAUGUUCUUUCAUUUCGACCAGGUAUUAUAGAAACAACAGAUGCAUUAGCACCACCAAAAGGUGUUUUUUGUGCUAGUGGUCCAGGUCAAACUUUAGUAUCACUUAAAGAUGUUGGUGUUAGUUGGCCAAAUCGUUUUUCUGUUCGUGUUGACACUUCAACAUCACGUUCUUCACGUUGGCAACGAUUCCAUUUACGUUAUGAUCAAGGUCGUGAUGGUGGUUCAAGACGUUUACGUUAUGAUUUUAUGCCACCUGGUUCUGAAGAUUUUCAAUCGAUCAUUCAUGAUUAUUCUGAUAAUUUAACCUAUAUUAUUGAUCAACGUAUUGGUAGCUGUAAAAUCAAUGCAGGUGUAUACAUACCAGAUGUUAAUUUUAUUUAUGAUCCAAUACGAUUUUUUGUUAAGCAUGAAGCUCAUUUUAUAUUUAAUCCACCUGAAAAUGCAUGGGAAUUUAAUGGAUUUCGAUCAUGUCGUGGCAAUACUAUUAAAUGUACAAUAUUAACAACAUCAGUAGAUAACUUUCCUCCUAUGGUUGAUUUAGAUACUGGUGCGUCGACAGGUGAAACAUGGCAAGCAACCAAUAUUGAAUAUGGUUGGUCCGUGCGUGCACCAUAUGCUCGUCCGCCAAGCGAUCAACCUAAACAAUUUGAUUAUCCUGUAAGCUUAUAUUUAAAAAUGUAUCGAUUUCGAGAUUCAAAUAAUCCAUCACCAUUGAAUAUUCUUACAGAAGAUAUUGAAUAUGAAUUUUAUGAAAUGUCACAUGACUUGAAACCAUCUGAUUUCGAUACAAGUGUAUUCGAUGCACAAUCUGAAAGACAAACAUCAAUUUAUUCACCUCCAUUUUAUUCAUCUCCAAAUGGUUAUAAAAUGAGAGCUCGUCUUUAUUUAAAUGGUGAUGGAAAUGCUCGUCGUACACAUAUGUCGCUUUUUUUUGUACUGAUGAGAAGUUUGAAUGAUCCAAUUCUAAAAUUCCCAUUCAACUAUAAAGUCUCAUUCUGCUUGUACGAUCAAACGUCUUCACAACGACAUAUUAUUGAUUCAUUUCGACCAGAUAUUAAAUCAAGUAGUUUCCAACGACCUCGACUGGAUAUGAAUAUAGCGAGUGGUAUACCAAAAUUUAUUCCAUUGGAAAUGAUUCAACAGGAAGGAAGUCCGUAUGUAAGAGAUGACACAAUGUUCAUCAAAAUUCUGGUUGAUUUUGGAGAAAUACAGAAAACAUUAUUGCCCUACGCUUUGAGUCUCAAUCCUGGUCUACCGAUGCAUAUUCAACAAACAAUGAUCAAGCAAGAAGCUGAACGAAGAAUACAAUUACAAUCUGACGAGCAACUAAAGAGACUUUAA